AUGUCUGUUCUCUUGACGAUACUCGCCUUCGUGGCGCUCGCCUCUGCCCACUCCGUCAUCACAUAUCCCGGCUGGCGGGGGAACAACUUGAUUACAAACGAGACGUUUCCCUACGGCAUGCAAUGGAUGUACCCUUGCGGCGGCAUCGGCACCACAACAAACCGCACAUACUGGCCCACGACUGGUGGCGCCGUGUCCUUCCAGCCAGGCUGGUUCCGCGGCCACGCCACCGCACUGGCCUUUAUUAACCUGGGCUUCGGCACGGACGGUCCGGAUCACGGCCCAGAGAACAUGUCGUUCCCCAUGGUCAAGCCCUUCCAGAUCAUCGGCCCGACCAACAACCCCUUCCCCGGCACCGUCUGCCUGCCGCAAGUGCCCCUUCCCGUCAACGCCACCGUAAAGGCCGGCGACAAGGCCACCAUCCAGGUCGUCGAGCUCGCCCAGCAUGGCGCCGCGCUCUACUCGUGCGUCGAUAUCAUCUUCGCCGAGCCCGGCGACCCCCGCAUCGGCGAGGUCAACGAGACCAACUGCUUCAACUCGACCGACAUUGGCUUCGCCCAAAUGUACACCAUCACGACAAAGAACUCGGGCUCCGAUGCCUACGUCAAGAGCGGCGCCGUCGAGGCCGUCCGCAGGUUGAGCUGGGUCGGGUACCUGCCUCUUGCACUCGGCGGCCUGUGGGCGCUCCUAUGA